GUGUAUAAGAAAUCAAAAUUUUGUGUAAAAGUAGUUUAUUUUCAGUGUCUUGAUCGAUCAUGCCUGGAGGAAGUAGGGACCCUCUGGUUGUAGCGCGUGUAAUCGGGGAUGUUUUGGACCCUUUUGAAUGUUCUAUUCCUAUGAGGGUCACGUACGGUAAUAAAGAUGUCAGCAAUGGAUGUGAAUUCAAACCCUCACAAGUUGGCAACCAACCAAGAAUAAAUAUCGGUGGAGAUGACCUCAGGAACUUCUACACUUUGAUCGCUGUUGAUCCUGAUGCACCUAGCCCAAGUGACCCCUAUUUGAGAGAAUACCUCCAUUGGUUGGUGACUGAUAUUCCAGCAACAACGGGGCCUAGUUUCGGUCAUGAGGUUGUAACAUAUGAAAGUCCGCGACCUACGAUGGGGAUCCAUCGUGUAGUCUUUGUGUUAUUUCGGAAACUGGGCAGGGAGACAGUGUAUGCACCUGGGUGGCGCCAGAAUUUCAAUACCAAAGAAUUUGCUGAACUUUACAAUCUUGGAUUGCCAGUUGCUGCUGUCUAUUUUAACAUUCAGAGAGAAUCUGGUUCUGGUGGAAGAAGGUUAUAUUAAAAAAAAUACUUUAUAUUAUAAAAUCAAAUAAAGAAGUAAGCUUCGUUGAGGGUUUUAGAAAUAUUAGCAAUUCCCUACCAAAUGGGUCCUAUUCCUUUUCAACUUAACAUAUACAGAAAUAAGUUACCAGCUCAGUUGGGGUUAGCAACAAGUUAUCUACUUAUAUACAUAAAUGGAACGGAAGCAUAUAGGUUCAUAUUUUUUUCUGAUAUGUAUAAUAGAUAUAUAUGUGUGAAUCAAAAACAAUUUGAGCAUAGCUCAAGCUAAGUGGCAGAAUAUUUAUUCUUUUUGUUGUACAAUCGUGUUUUAAUAUGACUAGGUUCAAU